GGAGGGGCGGGGUAGCUUGGGAAGGUAGUUUAAUUACGUGCCUGGGAAUUGCGCCGAUUUACACUUUAGCCUUUGAACAAAGUGCCGUUAGCGUGGAGUGGGGCUGGUGGAAAGGGAGGCGAAUGUGCGGCUUGGAAACCAAAGAACAAUAAAGCGCUUCCUCUCUCUCCACACGAGACCGUCCCGCGGGCUGGGCGGCCCCUGGACCAUCCGGAGAGAACAUGGCGGCGCCCGGAGCCCGGAGCUGCAACCUCUCGGGCCUACUCCCGGCUCAGACCUCGCUGGAGUACGCCCUGCUCGACGCCGUGACCCAGGAGGAGAAGGACGGCCUGGUCUACCAGUAUCUGCAGAAGGUGGACGGCUGGGAGCAGGACUUGUCGGUGCCGGAGUUUCCGGAAGGAUUGGAAUGGCUGAAUACGGAAGAACCUAUUUCUGUCUAUAAGGAUCUAUGUGGAAAAGUGGUCGUCCUUGAUUUCUUCACCUACUGCUGCAUAAACUGUAUUCACCUGUUGCCUGAUCUUCAUGCAUUAGAACACACAUACUCUGAUAAAGAUGGUCUUCUGAUUGUUGGUGUCCACUCGGCUAAGUUUCCAAAUGAAAAAGUCCUGGAUAACCUUAGGAGUGCUGUUCUUCGAUACAACAUCACCCACCCUGUGGUUAAUGACGCAGAUGCCAGCCUUUGGCAAGAACUAGAAGUUUCCUGCUGGCCAACUCUGAUCAUACUCGGACCCCGUGGAAACAUGUUGUUUUCUUUGAUUGGAGAAGGACAUAAAGAGAACUUAUUUUUAUAUACUUCAAUAGCUUUAAAGUAUUACAAAGACAGGGGGCAGAUCAGAGCUAAUAAAAUUGGAAUAAAGCUCUAUAAAGACUCCUUGCCACCUUCACCACUGCUGUUUCCUGGCAAAAUAACAGUGGACCAUGUGUCUAACAGAUUGGUAAUAGCAGACACUGGACACCAUAGAAUUUUGGUCGUCUGGAAGAAUGGACAAACUCAGCACAGCAUUGGAGGACCCAACCCUGGAAGAAAAGAUGGAAUCUUUUCAGAGUCAAGUUUUAACUCACCACAAGGUGUAGCCAUAAUGAAUAAUAUCAUAUAUGUGGCAGAUACAGAAAAUCACCUUAUAAGAAAGAUUGACCUAGAAGCUGAGACGGUGAGCACUGUGGCUGGCAUUGGAAUUCAAGGUACAGAUAAAGAAGGUGGAGCUAAAGGAGAUGAACAGCCCAUUAGUUCCCCUUGGGAUGUAGUUUUUGGAAGGUCAGGUUCAGAGGUCCAAAGAGAUAACAUUCUGUGGAUAGCCAUGGCAGGGACUCAUCAAAUAUGGGCACUCUUGUUGGACUGUGGCAGAUUACCAAAGAAAAAUGAGAUAAAAAAAGGAACCUGCCUUCGGUUUGCUGGAAGUGGAAAUGAAGAGAAUCGGAAUAAUGCAUACCCUCACAAGGCAGGCUUUGCUCAGCCUUCAGGCCUGUCUCUGGCCGCAGAGGACCCCUGGAGCUGCCUGUUCGUGGCAGACAGCGAGAGCAGCACGGUGAGAGCCGUCUCGCUGAAAGACGGAGCAGUGAGACCCCUCGUGGGAGGAGAGAGAGACCCCACGAAUUUAUUUGCUUUUGGUGAUGUUGAUGGAGUAGGAAUCAAUGCGAGGCUUCAGCACCCACUUGGAGUAACUUGGGACAAGAAAAGGAAUUUACUGUACGUGGCAGACUCUUACAAUCACAAGAUUAAAGUUGUGGAUCCAAAAACAAAAAACUGUACAACAUUAGCAGGAACUGGUAAUGCAAGUAAUAUUGUUGGUUCCAGUUUUACCGACUCAACUUUUAAUGAACCGGGAGGCUUGUGUAUUGGAGAGAAUGGUCAAUUAUUAUAUGUGGCAGACACCAAUAACCAUCAAAUUAAAGUAUUGGAUUUAGAAACCAAAACAGUUUCCGUGUUCCCAGUCUUCAGAUCUGAAAAUGCUGUGGUGGAUGGUCCAUGUCUAGCAGAAAAACCAAAGACCUUACCCAAGCUACCCAAGUCUGCUCCAGGCAUUAGACUCUCCCCCGUGGCUGCGUCUCCCGGACAGACUCUUCAGUUCAAGCUGAGAUUAGACCUCCCGUCGGGAACAAAGCUAACUGAGGGAGCUUCCAGUUGCUGGUUUCUGUCAGCUGAAGGCAAUGAAUGGCUUCUUCAAGGACAGAUACCAUCUGGAGAGAUAGAGAGCAUUUCCAAUCAACCAACAAUCUCACUGCAGAUUCCUGGAGAUUGUUUAUCACUUGAGGCCAUUCUGUCUAUCAGCGUGUUUCUCUAUUACUGUAGCGCAGACAGUAGUGCCUGUAUGAUGAAGGGAAUUUUGUUCAGUCAGCCUUUGCAAAUAACUGAUACACAGCAAGACUGCAUACCUCCGGUAGAACUCAAGUAUAUAUUUUAGCAAGCUGGCUAGCAACACAGUGCCACCUCUUCUUGAUCCUCACGUCACUGUAAUUUAUGAAAAGAAACUUUAUUUCUGCCUCUGGGUACCUAGAAACCCAUUGUUCAGUUCUAGCAACUGAUACUAAAAUAAACUAUGCUCCUUAUUUAAUUAUUUAUUAUAGACAAAUUCCUUCAUUCUGGCUGUGUACCAGCAAAGUCACUGUCCAUGAUUUGAACCAUGAUUCUGUAAUCUCUGCUGUUAUUUGGCACAACACUUAAGUCCAUGUUAUAGGAAAGAAUAUUAUCAUGAGAUAAUUUUCAGUGAAUACUGAUAACAAUAAUGAUACCAAAUAUUUUAACUAACUUUUACCUUUUAUGAAGCAGCACACCUGAAUGUAUAAAUUUCUCAGUAACUUUAAAUAGAGCUUAAGAUCCAUGUGUUGGUAUAAGGACACCUGCCAUUCGAGGUGUAAGGUCUGUUUUAGAUCAAGAAAAAAAAUGUCUUCAUCACAGUAGUGGCUUAAAGAGCAUGUGGGUGGUAAAAAUAUUCCUUGUUCUCUUCUGUGAUUUUCUCAUUUGAGAUAUAUUUAUGGUUAUAAAUUAUUUGCUAUUUUAGCAUACCAUUAUUAAUGGUAUGUUAAAUAUUCUGUAUAUUUCUAUAUACAGAAAAUAUAUCUCUAUAUUUCUGAAAGUUAGAGUCUCUAAGGACAUAUCCUUUUAAAAUUUUUCUGAAUGAACAGUUUUAGUAAUGAAUGAACAGUCUUUAGUAAUGAAUGAACAGUCUUUAGUAAUGAAUGACUCCUUAGAAAUAUUAGGACUUUCAAAGAGAACGGAACUUCAGAACACAUUACUGCAUGUGACACCACUUAAUGGUAAAGAAUUAAUUGUUACAGCUAAGUCCGAUGCAAAUGGGUAUGUAUGUUGUAUUAGAAAUUUACAUUUCAGUUGAAGCAUUAAAUGCAGAUUUGCCCGGUUUGGGGGUUUUUUGGUUUACAUAUUGAGAAUUUAAAUUAUCAUUAUUGUAAUUUUUAAAAAAUAGCUGUUAAGCCUUCAAAGUGAAAAUUUCAAUAUGAAGCACUUUUAUGCUUUCAUUAUGUAAAGUAUAUCUUAAUAUAUUACUUUACAAUAUUAGGGUUGAAACAUACAGUGACUUGAUGAUCCUGUGUUUGGUGUAUUUUUUCUAACUUUAAAAGAAAUAGUCACCAGAAGAUAUUGGAAAGGUUUUUCUUUUCAGUGAUGCUUUCUCUUUAUAACUAUUUUAAAAGACUCUGCUUGUUUUUACUAAAACUGAUUCCACAUGUUUGUGGUUUAAUCAGCUUACAAGAUUUUAAAAACAACAGGUGAAUCAUACUUAUUCAGUAAAUAUUUAUAGACACCUUGUCGCUUAAAAACCAGUGCUCAGUUUGAAUUGUAAUUUUUUAAGCAUAAUCAUCUGCUCAUAUCUUUAUAUUCUUUUGAAAUAUAGUUUUGAACAUACUAUUUCAGAUUACCUAAAUAUGAAGUAAGGGAAUGCAUAGAUCAUGACUAUUUAAUUUGUAGUCUCCUAAAGCUAUUUUUAAAGAGAAGAAUAAAUGUAAAGUUAAAAGAAAUUCUGUUUAAAAUUAUAUAUAUAUAUAAGUACCUCAUAAACCUUUUCUCUCCAUAAAAAAAAUGUUCUGUAAUAAAAGAAUAUAAUAUUGAUAUUCUCUUUUAUGGAGAAUAGGCCAUAGUCAUUUUUAAAAUCUCAUUUUAUUACUAUACUUCUCAUUUCCAGCUGGACAGAAUAAAAAUAGUUUGGCUUACUUUUUUCCUAUUUAAGGACAUAAACAAUUUCACUCUGUGAAGAAAAUAUAUACACUUUUAACUUGCUAAUUCAGGAAUGCUUGAUAAUUAUUUUUUCAGUAUUGUGCAUGAACUUACACACAGUAUAUAUUUUCAUGUACAUUAAAAUCCAAAAAUAUUUCUAGAAUAUAUUAAUGUUCAUUUUGUCUGUAUAGAGUUUUCUGUUAGUAUUAAGCUUAAGCUCUUCUUGAUUUUUAACUACAGUUCUAUUGAAUAUUCUUAUUCUUACCCAGCCAGUAAUCUACAUUGUUUUUCAGAUAUAAAAUAUUAUGUAUACAGAUUACAUGAUUUUUUUGUAAAUCAUGCUAAGCAAUAUAAAUAGGUUCUUAGAAUUUAGGACUAACAUAAUAAACCUCUUACAUAAGAGGAAGCACUAGAAAGUUCAUUUUUAAAAACUUUUGUGAUUCCUGACUCUGUUUUUAAAUUUAUGGCAUGAAGAAAAGCAAAAGUUAUGUUCAGUGAUAGUUUGAAAAGCAGUUUUAGUGUUAGUCACCAUAAUCAAAAUGCCAGUAACAUGGCAUUACAUACACUUAGACACAAUACCUGGAAUAUUUGCCCUAAAUUAUUCUGCUUCUUUGUCACUUUUUUUUUUCCCACCAUUCUUUAUAUCACUUCACAAAUGGUAAAAUUUUCUUUUCUGAAUUUAUAGUCAGGAUUGAUAUCUCUGAAAAGAAUUUUGGUUAUCUUGGAAAUGCUCAAGCAAAUAUUUAACCUGUCCACAAGGGAAAACUUUACAGUUUAAUCACCCAUAAGUGUAAUUUUGGCAAAGUUCAAUGACUAAGCAACUUUCUCCUAAACUAUUGUAAUAAUAUAUUUACCUAUAGUAUUUUGGUAUUAUCAGGCCUGCAGAAAGCUAUAAAUCUUACUACAGCCCCCCAAAAUCUUAGUAUAUGUCGAUGAAUGUAUGUGUGUAUAUACUUAAACAGAUACAAAGAUCAACUAAAUUUCUCACAUGGCCAGUAUACUCUGGAGAUAGUACCACUGAGAUAAGUUGCUCUCUACUUGCUUUUUCAUAGUUGGAAAAUUUGGGAAGACAUUAACAAUACAUAUCUCUGUAAUAAAGUAAUUUUCUACUUGCCCAACA